CCCCAAAUUCGCACCAAGCCGAUAUGUCAUACCCACCACCAUACGUUGUUGAGCCCAAACAGGGCCAUCCGCAUACCCACACGGUCAUUCUUCGCUGGGUUUUUCCAGAUGCCGGAUAGAGAUGGUGCACGCGAUUCGAAGAGGAGCGGUCGGCCUGGUUUGACACUUAUUCACUUGAUGACUUGGACUUGAGGCAGGACCUCUCAGUACCUGGUUUGACGGCCGCAGUCCACUUAGUGAGGGAUCUAGUGGGAGAAGAAGUUGAAAGGCUGGCAGGUAGGGCGGAUAGAAUCAUCCUUGGAGGGUUUUCCCAAGGGUCGGCUGUCGCUUUGUGGUCCCUAUUCACUGGCGCAGCUAUGACGAGUGGAAGACUGGGAGCGUUCUUCGGACUGAGCGCAUGGAUGCCUUACAUCAAAGACGCAAAAGAGGCUGUUACGACCGAUCCUCCAGAGGUUCACCAAGCUCGUAUGAGAAGUCUGAUUAGUACAUGUACCCACAUUCUGAAGAUCGAGCCAUUCACACCAGUGACCGACAUCGAAGAGAGCGUGACAGAUCUGCCAGUUUACCUCGGUCAUGGCAUUGACGAUGUCCUGAUAAACAUAUCGAAUUGCCACGAUCUUUCCGUGACUUUCCAACAAAUAGGAUCCACGCUCGAAGUCCACGAGUACGUCGGCGCUCAAAGAGAGGGUCACUAG